UCUGGUGAAGCAGGAAGAUUACAGGUGCCAGAAGUGUUUGCAGAAAGGCCACUUCACUUACCAAUGCCCGGGCAAGAGGAAGUACGUGGAACGUGACUCCCGCACUCGCUUGAUGAACAAGCGUCUCAAGAUGGACGAGGAGAAGGCGAAACUGGACAUUCU